GAGCCUUAACAACAUCAGCUAAUAAUUAACACUGAACAUUUAUUUAUACACAUUACACAACGCCUCACUAUGGUCUACGGAUUGGGACUUAAGACCUCGCCACGCCUUGAUGCGAUACCUUUACCAAAGAAGUCUUCCAUAGCUUCAUCACCGUUUGAGGAACUCCUCAAAUCCAGUCGCAAGUCGGAAGAACACCACAAUUCCAUUCACCACGUGCACCGCCGACCUCACGUCGAGCCAUAUUCCAUCAGUCAGCAUCACCACCGUCAGCGUCACCAUGCACAUGCGCCUCGGUCGCCUUCAGAACCCCCUACUUCAUCUUCCAAUGAAUCCUCAGAUGAGCAUCGAAGGUCUCCUGUACAGCACCAUCGUGCUUUACCUCGCACAUUCCAGGGUCGGCCGCGCUCCAACAGUGAGCCAUCCUCGUCCAACACUCAUCUCACAUCACCUUUUGCGCAUCACAAGCCUUUGCCUUCUACUGAGCAUUAUGCUGGUAGAAUCAAAGAGCUGAGAGAUGGAGAUGGCGAAUGGGAGCCUUGGUCGCUAAACGUCGUAUCGCCUACUGUCUUGCCCUAUCACGCGAGACCACAUCUCAACACACAAGCCUCGACUUCUGCUUUACCGGCAGACUUCAUGCGCUGUUCACCUCUUCACCAUCCUCCUUCCGAGUGCGAGCAAGCUCAAGCGCAAACUCAGCCCCCAACGCUAGCAUACUUCCCAAUCCAGCUUCCCCGUCCAGCGAUCCAUCACCGUACCUCCAGCCUCUCCUCCCCUUACACAUGCCACUCAUCCCCUCUCAGCCAGGGUUUUCCUUCGACCCCGAAGGGUACCCAAAUCGUGAACGAGGAUGUGGAGUUCAGAUCCAGUACGCCGACACCAGCGUCGACUGGUGCGAGAUUGCAACGGAAAGUGAGGGAUUGAAGGUUCCGCAAUCUAUUAAAAUACGCUCGACGAGGCUUUAAUGUUUAGCUGUUCUUUAGUAGAGAUAUGGCUGAUUGGUAACGGUACGGGCUAGAUCUUUCAUUUGAAAUGUUUAUAUGGUGUUCCCUUCUUCUCGAUAUUUCCUGCUCCGAUUUUGUCCUCAUUGUAUAGAUUUUCUGUAACACCACUAGUAUUUUAUGUACACCGUGCGAUGUGAGAUGUCCUACCUGUCU